AUGGCGAAGCACCUGCUGCAUCCACGCUCUUCUUUCUUCCUUGUCGUCCUAUUGGCUGCGCUGAUUUUGUACCAGGUCCAGGUGUCCACCGCGCAGAACGCGCCGUCGCAGGGCCGUGUCGGCGUCAUCCUGGACUUGACGUCAGCGGUUGGGCACAGGCGGCGGACCGGCAUUAGGAUGGCGGUGGAGGACUACUACGCCGCGCACCCCAGCUCGGCAACGAGGGUGGAGCUCCAUUUCAGGGACUCUGCAGGGGACGUUCUUCGCGCCGCUUCUGCUGCGGUGGACCUGAUCAAGAACGCGCAGGUGCAGGCCAUCAUCGGCCCUCCAACCUCGGCCGAGGCCGAGUUCGUGUCCCGCAUCGGCGACCGAACCCACGUCCCCGUCCUAUCCUACUCCGCCACCUCCCCGGAGCUGACCGCGGCGCAGACGCCUUUCUUCGUGCGCACCACCGCCAACGACUCCUUCCAGACGGCCCCCGUCGCCGCCGUCCUCGGCGCCUUCAACUGGCGCGCAGCGGCCGUCAUGUACGAGGACUCGCCGUACGGAGCCGGCAUCCUUCCGGCGCUCGCCGACGCGCUCCAGGGCGUCAGCACCAAGAUCAUGGACCGCGCGUCCGUGCCGAGCGACGCGGACGACGCCCGCAUCGACGCGGUGCUCUACCGCCUGAUGGCGAUGCCCACCCGCGUGUUCGUGGUGCACAUGCUGUAUCCUCUCGCCGCGCGGCUCUUCCGCCGGGCGAAGAAGGCCGGCAUGAUGUCCGAGGAGUACGUCUGGGUCGCCACGGAUGGCGUCGGCGGCUUCAUGGACAGGCUCAGCCCCGAGGACGUCGACGCUAUGCAAGGCGUCGUCAGCCUUCAGCCUUACGUGGAACUGACGAACGACGUCAAGAACUUCUCGGCACGGCUUAGGGAGAGGUCACGUCUGGAGAACCCGAGCGACGCGGAUGUCGUGGACUCAACCUUGAUGAGGCUCUGGUCGUACGACACGGUAUGGGCAAUCGCCUCGGCUGUGGAGGCGGCCGGUGUCCCCAGCCCGGCGUUCCAGACACCUCAGCAGGGCACGGCACUAACAGAUUUGGACCGGCUGGGGGUGUCGGCCACCGGAGCAACGCUCCUCAAGGCCGUGCUCGCCACGACGUUCGACGGGAUAGCCGGCAAGUUCAAGCUGGUAGACGGGCAGCUCCAGCUGCAGGCGUACGAGGUGAUGAACAUCAUCGGCAAAGGAGCAAGGACGGUCGGGUUCUGGACGCCGGAGUCCGGGAUCUCUCAAGAUUUGAACCCUGGCAGCUCCAAGGCGCUGAAGCUGAAGCAGAUCCUCUGGCCAGGCGAGCCACGGUCCACUCCGAAAGGCUGGACCGUGUCGCCAAACGGGCGGAUGCUCAGAGUUGCCGUCCCGGUGAAGCGCGGGUUCAAGCAGUUCGUGGACGUCUCAGAGAAUUUGACAACCGGCGAGACAAAGAUCACGGGCUACUGCAUCGACGUGUUCGACGAGGUAAUGAAGAAUUUGCCCUAUCCAGUCAGCUACCAGUACGUGCCACAAAAUGUUAGCUCCAACUCUUAUACCAAGCUUGUGGACAUGGUGCGAGAUCAGGAAGUCGACAUUGUCGUCGGAGACGUGACGAUCAGGGCAAGCAGGAUGGCCGACGCGGACUUCACCAUGCCCUUCACAGAGUCGGGGUGGUCAAUGGUUGUAGCGGUGCAGGGGACGAGCUCCAUGUGGUUCUUCGUGAGUCCGAUGAGCAGAGGCCUCUGGCUUGCCAGCUUCGCCUUCUUUUGCUUCACCGGCUUCGUCGUGUGGGUGAUUGAGCACCGGAUCAAUCCCGAGUUCCGGGGCACACCGUGGCAGCAGUUUGGCCUCAUCUUCUACUUCUCAUUCUCAACACUCGUCUUCUCACAGAAGGAGAGGCUAGAGAGUAACCUGUCGAGGUUUCUGUUGAUCAUAUGGGUGUUCGUGGUAUUGAUCCUGACAUCAAGCUACACGGCGAGCCUGGCGUCGAUGCUGACCGUUCAGCAGCUCCUGCCGACGGUGACCACCGACGUGAGGGAGCUCCAAAAACGCCACCACGACAUUGGGUACCAGGAGGGAAGCUUCAUCAAAGACUCCCUGGUAAGCAUGGGCUUCGAUGAGCGGAGGCUGAGGACAUACAAGACGGAGGAUGAGAUCGCAGACGCGCUGUCGAGAGGCCCAGCUAACGGCGGAAUCGCCGCGGUGUUCGACGAGAUCCCCUACCUGAAGGUCUUCUUGUCCAACUACUGCGAAGGCUACAAGAUGGUCGGCCCCAUCUACAAGACCGACGGCCUCGGAUUUGUGUUUCCCAGAGAUUCUCCCUUGACGGGGGAUGUGUCGCGGGGGAUAGUGACGUUGGCGGAAGGGGAGAAGAUGACCAAGAUUGAGAAAGCAUGGUUCGGCGAUACAGCUACCUGCCAGAGCGCGAGCAGCCUCAGCCACAGCUCUUCGUCCAGCCUAAUCUUCCGUGAGUUCGGCGGGUUGUUCCUCUUAACCGGCGUGGCCUCCAGCCUCAUGCUCCUCGUCUACCUAGCCACCUUCGCCUACCGCGAGCGCCACGAGCUCCUGGCAGCAGAGGCCACCGCCGACUCCGGCAGCGUGCCGCUGUGGAGGCUACGCGCGUGGCUGCAGCACUAUGACACCAAGGACCUUCGGUCCCCCACCUUCAAGAACGCCGGUGAGUCCGCGAAACGGACGCCGAGAUGGACCGGAGAGAGCCCGAGGAGCGGCGGGGCGAGUCCGUUCAGCGUGCGUUUCAGCUCGGAGAUGAACGCCGCUUCUUCACCGGAGGACUCGCCGGCGUCAGAGCUGGAUAACUCAUCCCAGCAGGGUGUCCAAGAGGCAACGACCUCUCAGACUGUGGAGAUGGCAACGUCAACGGCAUCUUAACUGCACUAGAUUACCAACUUCCGUCUUGUGUGGAGUCGGGCCGCUACUUGCAAGGGAGCGAGCAAGACUGGCCGCAGCCGGAUAGAUCAUGUCAGUUUUUUUUUUGUGCUUGUACAAAUCUCCAUGUUUGGACCGCUGAUUGCUCUGUUCUUAGCGGUGACGGGAAGAUAAAUAGUGGUCUCCGAAAUAGGAAAACUGUACUUGUAUAUUUCAAAAAAAUGGAACUCAUAUUUCUUAUAUGGUUGGAAUUAGGAGCAUAGC